AGGGACAAUAACAAGUCAGUUCUAUAGGUGCCAACAUCCAGGGGACAGAGGAAGCCCGAAUGUGACAGUUGUUGUCCCCCACCACGGUCAGCCCCAGCCCAUUCUGACAGCUGAUUUGACUUCGGGGCUCCAAGACCAGAGGGUCCCAGACUGAAGAGACCAUGUAUAAUUUGAGCUGUUACAAUCCCGGUUCCUUCAUCCUUGUGGGAAUACCCGGUCUGGAGAGGUUCCACAGCUGGAUCGGGAUUCCCUUUUGUGUCAUCUAUGUUCUGGCUGUUGUGGGCAACUGCACCCUUCUCUACCUCAUUGCUGUUGAGCGCAGCCUCCAUGAGCCCAUGUUUUUCUUCCUCGCUAUGCUGGCUACCACGGACUUCAUCCUGUCCACGGACACAGUGCCCAAACUACUCAGUAACCUCUGGCUGGGCUCCCAGGAAAUUACCUUCUCUGGCUGUCUCACCCAGAUGUUUUUCCUCCACUUCAGCUUUGUAGUGGACUCAGCCAUCCUGUUGGCCAUGGGAUUUGAUCGCUAUGUGGCCAUCUGCUUCCCCUUGAGGUACACCACCAUCCUGACUCCGCAGGUGGUCAUCGAGAUUGUGGUGAGCAUCAUCGUGAGGAGCUUCUUCAUCAUCUUGCCAGACGUUUUUCUGGUGAAACGGUUACCCUUCUGCGGGACACGCAUCAUCCCACACACAUACUGUGAGCACAUAGGUGUUGCUCGGCUUUCCUCUGCUGACAUCUCCAUCAACAUCUGGUACGGAUUUUUUGUGCCUGUCAUGACUGUCGCCUCGGAUGUGAUCUUUAUUGCUGUUUCCUAUACCUUCAUCCUUCGUGCUGUCUUUCAGCUCUCAUCUCAGGGGGCCCGUCAGAAGGCCCUCAGCACCUGUGGUUCCCAUGUCUGUGUUAUUCUCAUGUUUUACACACCUGCCGCCUUCUCCAUCCUUGCUCAUCGCUUUGGGCACAGUGUCCCUCGAAAUGUGCUCAUCCUGUUUGCCAACUUCUAUGUGGCCAUCCCCCCUGCUCUAAAUCCUGUUGUCUAUGGAGUGAAGACCAAGCAGAUCCAGGACAAAUUUAUUCUUCUCUUCUCUUUAAAGAAGACACAAUGA